AUGCCCACGGUUAAACUCGUCGUAAUUGGGUCUUCUGGCGUUGGAAAAACCAGUCUCCGCGGCAAGUACAUCUCAGGCCGUUUCUCGAAUGGCUACCGGGCGACCAUUGGAGCUGACUUCAUCACCAAAACCCUUCCACACCCUACGGACCCAGAGCAGAUGGUGACGCUGCAGAUCUGGGACACAGCGGGCCAAGAGCGGUUCUCGAGCCUUUCGACGGCUUUCUUUCGUGGAGCAGAUGCCGCCCUACUCAUGUUCGACGUGAACGCACCAGAGACGAUGGAAGCGCUCAAGAAGUGGUGGGCGGACUUCCGUGACAAGGCACCCCUGGCGGAUGAAGACAUGCAGGAAUACUGCUGUGUGGUGGUUGGGAACAAGAUUGACAUGGUCGGGAGUGGGAGGGAGUUGCAGGAAACGGUGUCCGAAUCGGAAGCGCUUGAGUUUUUGGACGAACUCGUCCCAUCGUCGUCAGAGCUCUCUCUGAGCACCUCUUCGCCUUCAACUUGGACAGGAAAUGGCAACGGGCAUCAAGACGCAGACGGCGACGGUGACGAGCUAGCCUCAUCGCAACAUACCAUUAAACCACCUUCUCCAAGUUCCUCACCAGGGCAUUCUCGCUCAUCCUCGAUCGCCAUUAUCCCUCCACCAGAUUCCUCCCACAUACGACAGCCUUCGCACUCGCCCAAACAUCAAUUGUCCAAAUCUCGCUCUCGUUCUUCAUCCCGGUUCUACUCUGGCACGAUGACAACCACGCACACUGCCGUAACGAUCUACCACACGCCGUCCUCGUCGCUUUUCGACGUAUACCAGUCCGCACGUUCGUCGCCCGAGCCAUGGUCGAGCUCGGAGAGCGAGCUGCAUGUGGAGCCCGCAGCCAACGCGACCGCCCGUCAGCGCCGGCUGACGAUGCUCUCAACGGGCAGCACGAGUUCUGGAAGUGCGCCCACAAUUACGCCGAGUCUCUUCGCGCGCGAGCGGCAAGGCAACGGCGCGGAGUCUGUGACGCCCGUGUCUUCUCCGCUCAUACCCGCCGCGUCUGGGAUACCACUCCCACCGGAGCGAGGCCCCAAGCUCUUCUUCACGUCGGCCAAGACGGGUGAGGGGGUUGCGGACGUAUUCGAGUACAUCGCACAGCGUGUGGUGCGAAAGUGGGAGUACGACGAGUGGGCGGAGGCGAGGAGAAUGCAUUUCCGCGAGGCGAGCGGGGCUGCGGAGACUGUUCGCCUGCAGGGUUCCGGUGCGAGAGGGCAAGGUACUUGGGCGGAGUGCUGCUCGACGUGA